GCCCGGAACGAGUGUCGGCGCCCGCGCUCUCGGCCGGACGGAGCUGCAGUUGCACCAUGGCGGCGGCCUCGCGAGUGUUCGCGUUCCGCGACGUGCGCUGGGCCCCCGACCCGGUGCUGGAGCCGGGCGCGGCUGUGCGGACGCCGCAGCCGGUGCCGCUGGUGAUCGACAACGGCUCCUUCCAGACGCGGGCGGGCUGGGCCUGCGCCGACCCCGCCGUCCCCGCCGAGCCGCUGCUGCGGUUCCGCUCGCUGGCGGCGCGCAACCGCGGGGCCCGCGGCGGGACCGGCGCCGAGACGCAGGUGGGAAACGACCUGGGGAGCCCCGAGCCCCUGCGCUGGCUGCUCCGCUCGCCCUUCGACCGCAACGUGCCCGUGCAGCUGGAGCUGCAGGAGCUGCUCCUCGACCACGUCUUCCAGCGCCUCGGCGUCAGCUCGCAGGGUUGCGUUGAUCAUCCAAUUGUUCUGACAGAAGCAGUAUGCAAUCCUCUCUAUUCGAGACAAAUGAUGUCAGAGCUGCUCUUCGAAUGUUACCAAGUGCCAAAAGUGUCCUAUGGCAUAGAUAGCUUGUACAGUUUUUACCACAACAGAAGUCAGAACUGGCCCUGCAGUGGUUUGGUGAUAUCUUCAGGUUACCAGUGUACCCACAUUUUGCCAGUGUUGGAAGGCAGACUGGAUGCUAAAAACUGCAAACGUAUCAAUCUGGGAGGGUGUCAAGCAGCUGUCUAUCUCCAACGCCUCCUUCAGCUGAAAUACCCAGGGCAUUUUGCUGCCAUCACUCUUAGUCGCAUGGAGGAAAUACUGCAUGAGCACAGCUAUGUUGCAGAGGACUAUAUAGAAGAGCUACGGAAGUGGCAGUCCCCAGAGUACUAUGAGAACAAUAUGCACAAGAUGCAGCUGCCUUUCUCUAACAAACUGCUGGGAAGCACUCUGACAUCGGAGGAAAAGCAGGAGAGGCGGCAGCAGCAGUUGCGUAGACUUCAAGAACUCAAUGCACGUCGUCGAGAGGAGAAGCUGCAACUUGACCAAGAGAGGCUGGACAGGUUACUGUAUGUACAGGAACUUUUAGAAGAUGGUCAGAUGGAUCAAUUCCACAAAGCUUUGGUGGAGCUGAACAUGGACUCUGCAGAAGAACUUCAGUCUUACAUCAACAAAUUGAGUCUGUCUGUUGAACAAACAAAGCAGAAAAUUCUACAGGCAGAAGUCAGUAUUGAAGUAGAUGUUGUGGACAGCAAGCCAGAGACUCCUGAUUUGGAUCCAUUAGGCAGUGAGCAGUCACUGGAGGAUGUGGAAAGUGUUAAUGAGUUUGAACCUUUAUUUGCUGAGGAACAGCCUGAAGUUGAGAAGCCUGUUGCUGCAGUGCAGCCCGUGUUUAACCUGGCAGAGUACCACCAGCUUUUCCUUGGCACUGAAAGAAUCAGGGCUCCAGAGAUUGUUUUCCAGCCUUCCCUGAUAGGAGAAGACCAGGCUGGUAUAGCAGAAACCAUGCAGUAUGUCCUUGAGAGGUAUCCAAGGGAGCAACAAGCUGUUCUUGUCCAGAAUGUUUUUCUCACUGGUGGAAAUACAAUGUACCCUGGACUGAAAGCUAGGGUCCAGAAGGAGCUCCUUGAGAUGAGACCAUUCCAGUCAUCUUUUCAGGUUCACCUUGCUUCCAAUCCUGUUUUAGAUGCCUGGUAUGGAGCUAGAGAUUGGGCAGUGGAAUAUAUGACUCACGAUGAAGGCUGGAUAACCAGAAAAGACUAUGAAGAAAAAGGGGGAGAAUACCUCAAGGAACACUGUGCUUCAAAUGUCUAUGUACCUAUUCGCCUUCCAAAGCAGGCCCCACGGACAACAGAGGCAUUAGCACCUAGCAGAGUGCUGACAUCCAGCACAGGCAAUGCCUGUGAGCAGGCCUAGCACCAUGCCUUGGUCACGGACCCUUGGAUAGAGAUAGCAGCACUGGGAAAGGAAGUUAACUGGUGUGCAGCAUCAGCUAGGCAUGAAGCACAGGCCUCAGCUGCUCAGAGAGCCCCAAGCAUCUCAUCCAGUCCCUUCAACAAGGAGGACGAGCCACACUGAGGUGUCAGCUGCAUGGUCCUGGCACUUGCAAUGCUCAGCACAGAGCAUAGGAGUACACACCAGCAAGGAGACACACCCCAGAAGUGCAUUCCAGAGAGAAACAUCACCUGAGAAACUUUCUCAGCAAGACCCAGGUUGGGUUUUUUUGAGAGUCUGUUUGACAGCUUUUUUUUAUUCAAUUAAAAUGUUCUGGUUUUAUACUGCUUUCAUGGAUGAUCCAGAAGCUGUGCUCAUCUCAAGCGGUCAGCCCAGCAGGCACCCUCUGCGCCUGGCCCAGCAGGUGUUUGUCAGGACAUGUAGUGCUGCUGGAGGCUGGUGGGGCUGAGCUCUGCCUUCCUUCCGAGGCCUCCUGCACUCCUGUCUGCUUUGAUUUCCUGCCUGCUACACGCUUUCUGCUAAACCACCACUGCAUCAGCAGUGAUUUCAGGUACUUCUGACUUAAAUUAAGUCAGUAAUAUUGAUGCCUUGGUUGAAGCUGUAGAGCUGGUCACAUGAAGCACUGUCCAGCUGUAAUGACAGGAUGUUCCAUGAGGUGUAGGCCAAGUGCAGUUAGUCAUUAAGUGGCUUUACAGAAGUGGUGGCUCAGCAAGGCAGUUCUUGACUGAUGGGACUUUUAGAUCAAAACUUGCAUUAGCAAUUAAGUAAGCUUUCUGCUUUACCGCUAACUUACGUGUUUCAGUGAUUUGACUUCUUUACAGACCCCAGUAAUAUGGAUGUAUUUGAUAGGUUGUACCUUGCAGAUUUGCAGCCAGGUGCCAGUCCUGCUGCACAACAUACUGGAGCUGAAAUUUGACUGAGGAUUCAUUUAUUGCACUGAACAACUUGCUUGCUUUCCCAGAAGAAUAAUCAGUGCCAAAUGGUGAGCUGAAA